UCUUUCUUUAUUAUUUCUAAAUUAGCAAUCUACACUGCAAAUUGUGCCAAAAGUGGUUUUCAUACAAAAUAACGGAGUGAGCCAUCCAUCUCUUACAAAGAUCUUUGCUGGUAGUACAGUUCGUCCUCGCCGCUCGGCCUCUCUCGGUGGCGCAGUACUAAUCGUGUACUAACGUUUCCCGUGUUUCGCUCAGGUAGCUCCAGCAGCCGGGCGCCACCGGGGCCGUGGUGGGAUUGAGCGCGGUGUUGAUUUCGCCCGGGCAGUAAAUACACACUGACAAAACAGCUCACAUUACACUGUCCAAAGGCACGUCGCCGCUGACUGUCUGCUGCUGUGCGGCUAACGCUAGCUAGCGGCUGUUAGCAUCAACGGCUGACUGAAUGAAUAAAGUUAAGCCGACAAGUUAGCGAAACAUUUCCCGAAACGACGCAAAUAACCACACACGGCGAAUGCAAAGUGUGUGAAAAAACACCCGCCGCGGUAUUCGGACAGCUUCCGAGCUUUCCCAUGCGGACUCUGGCCACCGCGUUCGUCGUCGUUGGGAGAGGGCUUAGCGGCGAGGACAGCGGCGACCGCUCACUCGAGAGGCGGCCAUGAUUUCCCUGUUCGCCGCUUCACGCCUGCUCGGAAGAGGGAAAACUCCGCUGCGUGAUCCUUUUAAGAGGAUUUGCGUAAACAUGUCGUCGUCGUCGUCGUCGUCGUCCUCCUCCUCCUCCUCUCGCUCGGGUAAGAGACUGCGGGUUCUGGUGGACAUGGACGGGGUGCUGGCGGACUUCGAGGGGGGGUUCUUGAAGAAGUACCGGGCCCGGUACCCGGACGACCCCCACAUCCCCCUGGAGGACAGGAGAGGGUUCUGGGUGUCCACGCAGUACGGCCAGCUGAGGAGCGACCUGUGUGAGAAGGCCAUCAGCAUCUGGCAGUCCAAGGACUUCUUCAUAGAGCUGGAGCCGCUGCCAGGAGGGGUGGAGGCGCUCAAGGAGAUGGCCAAGAUGGACGAGACAGAUGUCUUUCUUUGCACCAGCCCAAUAAAACAUUACGAACACUGCCCAUAUGAGAAGUAUGCAUGGGUGGAGAAGCAUUUGGGUCAUGACUUUCUGGAGCAGGUCAUCCUGACCAGAGACAAGACGGUGAUCACCGGAGACCUCCUCAUAGACGACAAGCCUGACAUUUUAGGCGUGGAGCCGGAACCGUCAUGGGAGCACAUCCUGUUCACCGCCUGCCACAACAAGCACCUCGCCGUCAGCCCCGCCCAGAGGCGGCUCCUGUCAUGGGCGGACGACUGGAGGGCCGUCCUGGACAGCAAGAGGCAGUGAGGUGGCCCCUCUGAUUCCUGAUUGACGAGAGAGGCCGGCCACUUUUCACCCGAUCAUCACCCCACCGGCGGGGGUCUCGAGGCUCUGAGGAAAUAAGCUAACUUGGAGAAUUUGUUUCUGAAAAGGAGUUUGGUAAACAUAUGUGAUCAGCCGCAUUCACAAUAACAUACAGGUUGGAAGUUUUACACACUGUUGGGAGAAGACGUGCACUUGUUUGACCACAAGGGGGCACUCAGAGACUAAGUGUGAAGUGAGGCGCCACUCACUGAGGAAACUGGGACAACAAAACAUUGAAUUCCAAACGGACACGUGGUAAGUCUGAAGGCACAUUGGACCUGCAUACUCUGUCUUUUGACUGUGGACAUUUCUUUUCAAAAUCAGACACAUUCAGUUGAGUAUGCAAUACGUAGAUAUACUGCAAGAAAGUCACCUGGCCUCGCUAGCACUCGCAUUUCAUGGUAUUCGGGGAGAAUACGGCGAUGCAACAUGGGUCACUGAGUAGUCAUUUUUGCAAUUAUACAUGUACAACGGUUUCUCUGAGGGCGCAGAGAACCGGUAUGGUGCUUUUUUCCCCCAACAAUGUCCGAUGCUGAAAAAUAAAACCUCACUCAUACAUAUAUGAAUGUUGCCAAAACCA